AUGAACACAAAGAGAAGCAUAUUUUCAGCCACUCUCUAUGAUAAAUGGCUUGAUGUUAUUGAUCAAGGGAAUGAGGAGGAGAAAAUAACUGCGACCCAGAGGCUUCUAGACCAGCUGCCAAGAGCCAAUGUAGUUUUUCUGCGAUACCUUUUUGGAGUGUUACACAACAUUGAGCAACAUUCCUCAUCCAAUCAGAUGACAGCUUAUAAUUUAUCAGUGUGUAUAACCCCAAGCAUUCUUGGUCUGCUUAAUUCUGGCAGCACAGCAUUCGAAAACUUCACCAAGAAGAUUUCUUUCAUACAAUUUCUCAUUGAAAACUGUCUCAAGAUAUUUGGAGAAGAUAUCACGUCUCUCUUUGGACCGAAGUCAGUGAGUUGUGAUAACAGUGAUAUCACUGACGUCACUGAUAACAGUGAGAAGGUUGCAGACAAGAAGACAGUUAGCAAGAGUUCUGUCAAAACCUGGGCCUUUUGGUGUAGCUCCAGGACUCGCGAGGACAACCAACACCCACCUCUACCACCCACAAAGCCAAAACAGCUCUUUGGAGCUCCUCUUGAGGAUGUAUGUGAUAACGACAGCCUGCCCACCCCAAUUCUGAAUAUGCUUUCCUACAUCAAUAAAAAAGGGCUGUUUACAGAAGGCAUCUUCAGAAAAUCUGGCAAAAUACAAUCAUGCAGAGCCCUAAAGAAGAAACUAAAUUCCGGGGACAAAGUGAACAUGGAUGAUGAAUCCAUUCUUGUGGUAGCAUCCACCUUAAAGGAUUUUCUUCGAAAUAUUCCAGGAAGCAUAUUUUCAGCCACUCUCUAUGAUAAAUGGCUUGAUGUUAUUGAUCAAGGGAAUGAGGAGGAGAAAAUAACUGCGACCCAGAGGCUUCUAGACCAGCUGCCAAGAGCCAAUGUAGUUUUUCUGCGAUACCUUUUUGGAGUGUUACACAACAUUGAGCAACAUUCCUCAUCCAAUCAGAUGACAGCUUAUAAUUUAUCAGUGUGUAUAACCCCAAGCAUUCUUGGUCUGCUUAAUUCUGGCAGCACAGCAUUCGAAAACUUCACCAAGAAGAUUUCUUUCAUACAAUUUCUCAUUGAAAACUGUCUCAAGAUAUUUGGAGAAGAUAUCACGUCUCUCUUUGGACCGAAGUCAGUGAGUUGUGAUAACAGUGAUAUCACUGACGUCACUGAUAACAGUGAGAAGGUUGCAGACAAGAAGACAGUUAGCAAGAGUUCUGUCAAAACCUGGGCCUUUUGGUGUAGCUCCAGGACUCGCGAGGACAACCAACACCCACCUCUACCACCCACAAAGCCAAAACAGCUCUUUGGAGCUCCUCUUGAGGAUGUAUGUGAUAACGACAGCCUGCCCACCCCAAUUCUGAAUAUGCUUUCCUACAUCAAUAAAAAAGGGCUGUUUACAGAAGGCAUCUUCAGAAAAUCUGGCAAAAUACAAUCAUGCAGAGCCCUAAAGAAGAAACUAAAUUCCGGGGACAAAGUGAACUUGGAUGAUGAAUCCAUUCUUGUGGUAGCAUCCACCUUAAAGGUAAGGAAAGUUUGAGCCUUAUCCACACACAGAGGAAAUCUGAAGCUGUAUGACUGGUCCUUCUUUAUGACUGCCCAAGAAACAUAAGAGGCGUAAGAGAGGAAGGAUUUGAAAAAGUGAAAAACACUUCACAAAGCCAAAAUUGAAGGAAGGUACCCCAAAGAUGAUAAGCCCCACAUAUUAGAUAUUUUCCUUUUUCAUUGCACAUCUUGACUCCUGAACACUCCAUGCAAAAGAAUAAUAAUAAAUUUCGAAAUACACACUUACACAUAGAGUGUUUACCAAAACAAGCUUC